AUGUUUUCAGAUGGUCCAGGACUGAGCAUGGCAAUGUGGGUGAACCAGUCAUCCACAGAUGACUUCAUCCUCCUGGGCAUCUUCUCCCACAGCCCAACUGACCAUCUUCUCUUUUCUGUGGUCAUGCUAGUCUUCACAGCAGCGCUCUGUGGGAAUGUCCUCCUCAUCCUCCUCAUCUACAGUGACUCCCGACUUCAUACUCCCAUGUACUUCUUCCUCAGCCAGCUCUCCCUCAUGGACCUCAUGUUGGUCUGUACCAAUGUGCCAAAGAUGGCAGCCAACUUCCUGUCUGGCAGGAAGUCCAUCUCCUUUGUGGGUUGUAGCAUACAAAUUGGCCUCUUUGUCUGUCUUGUGGGCUCUGAGGGGCUCUUGCUGGGACUCAUGGCUUAUGAUCGUUAUGUGGCUAUCAGCCACCCACUUCACUAUCCUGUCCUCAUGAAUCAGAAGGUCUGUCUGCAGAUCGUCGGGAGCUCCUGGGCCUUUGGGAUAGUAGAUGGCCUGGUGCAGAUGGCGGUGGUGAUGACCUUCCCCUAUUGCAGCUUGAGGGAGGUGGACCACUUUUUCUGUGAGAUGCUCUCUUUGUUGAAGCUGGCCUGUGUGGACACAUCCCUGUUCGAGAAGGUAGUAUUUGUUUGCUGUGUGUUCAUGCUGCUGUUUCCUUUCUCUAUCAUUAUAGCCUCCUAUACGCGAAUCCUAGGAACUGUGCUCAGUAUGCAUUCCGCCAAAUCCCGGAAAAAGGCUCUGGCCACCUGUUCCUCCCACCUGACAGCUGUCUCCUUCUUCUAUGGAGCAGCCAUGUUCAUCUACCUAAGGCCAAGGCGAUACCGGACCCCAAGCCAGGACAAGAUGGUGUCUAUCUUCUACACAGUCCUUACCCCUAUGCUCAACCCCCUUAUUUAUAGCUUGAGGAAUCAGGAUGUGAUAGGAGCAAUGCAGAAAGGGUUGGACCGCUGCAGAGUUGGCAGCCAGCACUGA